UAUCAAAACUUGGGUUUGCAUACAAUUUCUGCUGUGAUUCAUGUACGUCGUGAUAGUAUUACAGCACAAAUUUUUGUUGGAUUCAUACUAUUGAGGGUGUAUGGCUAAAAACAGAACCUGAAAACGUGAUUGAACAACCCCCUACCCGCUACACACACGAUGUCUACCUACAGUCAAGAGAAUGGCUUUGACCAGACAAGCAGAAGCUUCUGGGAGAUUGGCCAGUAUCAGCGGACGGUCAAACGGAUGGAGAAUGGUCAUAAACUGUCCAAUGAAUUAAUUCUACUCAUUCAGGAAAGAAGCGAUAUCGAGAAAAAGUAUGCGAAGAGCCUCAAGCAUUGGUCAAAAAGAUGGAACGAACUUAUAGAAAAAGGAACCGAAUAUGGUACAACCAAGUCGGCCUGGAAGGCGGUAUUGACAGAAGCCGAUAGGAAAGCAGAACUCCACAGCGAGAUUGACCAAAAACUCAAUGCAGAUGUCAUGUCAAGCAUCAAGAACUGGCAGAAAGAAAACUACCAUAAGAAAAUGAUGAGCGGCUUCAAGGAAACGUUUGAAGCAGAAGAAGGAUUCAAGAAGGCCCAGAAACCGUGGGCCAAGUUCUACACCAAAGCCCAAACAGCAAAGAAAGGCUACCAUUCCUCAGUCAAAGCAGAGAAGACAGCAACGCUACAAGAAACAUCAGCAAAUGGAGAUUCAGCUAUAUCACCAGACCAAGUAAAGAAACUACACGACAAGGUGGAGAAGUGUCGGCAGGAGAGCAUGCGAACCAAAGACAAAUACGAGAAGGCACUUGAUGAGGUCACGACGUACAACCCCAGAUACAUGGAAGACAUGAAAGGCCAAUUCGACAGAACACAAAGCUUCGAGAGGCGGCGACUCGAGUUCUUCAAAGAAACGCUACUGUCAGUCCAAAGAGUACUUGAUCUAUCUGUUAAUCCCAGUUUUGCCCAGGUGUACGUAGACUUCCACAACUCCUUACAGAAUGCAGACGCAGAGAAAGAUUUGAAAUGGUGGAAGAAUAAUAAUGGCACCGGAAUGUCAAUGAACUGGCCCGUCUUUGAGGAAUACACUGAUGAGAUGCAUGCCAUUAGCUCAAAGAAGUCCAAAGGCAACAUAGGCGGAUCGGGAGGGGAGAACGUAGCGAUACACACCUACAGAUCGACCUCCGAAUAUUCAAACCAGGAUUACGACCAAGGAAUAGGCGAUAGCUCGUUGGGCGAUGAGACCGCGUCAGACAGCGACGCAAGAAAAUCGUUCAAACCCACCCCAGCCCCUCGACGAAAUGGUUCUUUGCCUACCUCUUCACUUUAUCCUGAAAUAAAUAGUCAUUCCUCCUCCUCCUCCUCCCUCCCCUCAAACCGGUGAGUGUUUACCCUGUUA